GCUUCCUCUAUAAGUUUCCUCGCCACCAGAGUUUUUCCAAGCUCAAAGCUCACUGCUCAGUGCUCAGUGCUCAGUGUGGCAGCAACUUCAACAACAAAAUUCCAAUCCCCAAAUUCUUCUUAGUCAACACAGGUUUUUCAAGAUGGGGAUUUCCAUGUUAGUUUCCCAGCAACCACAGCUUCUCCCUGCAACCAUGAACAUUCCUCCAGGCAGGCUCAACCUGGAUAACUUCAUUCCCUGGCGGCCCAAGAAGAAGGUGGUGGUUGUAAUGGGGGCGACCGGAACCGGCAAGUCACGGCUCUCCAUCGACCUCGCCAGCCUGUUUCCGGCGGAGAUCAUAAACUCAGACAAAAUGCAAGUGCAUGAAGGACUAGAUAUUGUCACCAACAAAAUAACAGAGGAAGAACGAAAAAGAGUUCCCCACCAUUUGUUAGGAAUAGUAGGCCCCAAUGCCGAUUUUACGGCGUCGGAUUUCUGCGACCGGGCAUCGAUUGCCAUGGAGAAAAUUCUGUCCCGAGGCCGGCUUCCAGUCAUUGCCGGCGGCUCCAAUUCUUACAUCGAGGCUUUAAUCGACGACGUAGACUACCAGUUCCGAUCAAAAUACGACCCCUGUUUCCUCUGCGUUGACGUUAGAACACCGGUGCUCCAUCAAUACGUCUCGGAGCGGGUCGACCGGAUGGUUAAGAAAGGAAUGAUCGACGAGGCGAGGAAGUUUUUCUCCGUCAACGGGGACUACAAACAGGGGAUCAGGAAGGCAAUCGGAGUUCCAGAGUACGAUAUGUACUUCCGACUGGAACCGUUUCUGGACGAAGAAAGCAGAGCCAUGCUGCUGAAGAAAGCCAUCCAAGAAAUCAAGAACAAUAACUGCAAAUUGGUCCACCGGCAACUGGAGAAAAUUCAUCGGCUGAGGAACGUGAAGAAAUGGAACAUACACAGGCUCGAUGCCACAGAAGUUUUUAACCGGAAAGGGAAUGAAGCCGACGAGGCAUGGGAAGAGCUGGUGGCCGGUCCCAGCAUGGAGAUAGUGGCGCAAUUUUUAGAUCGUGACGCCACUAUAAAGCGGAACUGGCGGCACGGUCGCUUCUUCGGCCGUCAAAAGAUUAUGUUGCACAAUGCCUUGUAGCGUAAAGAUGACAUCAAGUCUUGACUAAACAAUAAGCACCACACCCAUGAUUUCCAGCUUCAAAAUAAUUGAGAGAUUGAAAUUUUGAUGAAUUCGAUUGCAAAAUUGAAAUUCAAAGCCCCGAUACUCAUUGAAGGUGAAAUUCUAUUCGAUAUUUGUAAAUAAGUAAUUUAUAAUUAG